AUGAGUGAAAUUAUCGAAAUGCUACAGAAGGUCGGACUAGGCAUCCUAGGAUUCCUCGCCCUCUUCUGCCUCUAUGAUUUCAUUAACUUCAAUAUUCUUUACCCCCGGUCUGCAAAGAACCGCAAGUGCGCCAGCCCCAAGACGAAAUAUACUUUCCCUCUUGGUAUUCCCACUGCCCUCCGGGCUAUCUACUUUUUCCUGAAACAUGAUGUCAACGAGUUCUUGCGUCGUGAUUUCUUCGAUUCAAUGGUCCACACCUGGAGAGCCAAUUUCGUCGGUGUGACUGUCAUCUUGACUGAUGAUCCCGAGAACAUCAAGACCUUCUUGGCCACUUCUUUCAAGGACUAUUCUCUAGGAUGGCGCUACAAUAUUUUCUUCCCCGUCCUGGGCAACGGUAUUUUCACACUGUCCGGUGAGGGCUGGAAGCACUCCCGUGCGAUGUUGCGUCCUCAGUUUGCUCGUGAUCAGAUCACCCAUCUGGAGAGUAUCAACCACCACGUUGGCAAGCUUAUCGAUAUCAUGAAAGACAACUUCAAGAAGGACAAGAUCAGCGAUUUCCAGGUUUUGCUGCAUCAGCUCACCAUUGACACUGCGACCGAGUUCUUGUUUGGCGAAUCUGUGGACAGCUUAACUGACUCCAACAGAAAGAUUGUCGCUCCUUCCGGUAAGAGCAUCACUGGUGCUCAGUUCGUUGAGGCCUUCAACUACUGCCAGGACGUCCUUGUCUUGCGCUUCUUGUGCGGUGGUGUUUUCUGGUUGAUUGACAGUUUCAAGUUCCGUUACAAGGCUAAGGUCUGCAAAGACUUUAUUGAUUACUUUGUUGCCAAGGCCCUCGACAAGCCCAUGGAGAAGGAUGAGGUCGCCGAGUCCUACAUCUUCAUGAAGGAACUCACGAAGGAGACCCGUGACCCUGUCGUUAUUCGUGACCAGGCUCUCAACAUUCUGCUUGCUGGUCGUGAUACCACUGCUUCUGUUAUGUCCUUCAUGGCUGUGUACAUGGCCAAGUACCCAGAGGUUUACCAAAAGCUCCGAGAAGCUGUCGCCGCUGACUUUGGUAACGAUACCUCCAACAUCACUUUCGAGUCCCUCAAGCGCUGCAAGUAUCUGAACAAUGUGCUUAACGAAGUUCUGCGUCUCCACCCUGUUGUGGCCUUCAACUUCCGCCAAGCCGUGCGUGAUACCACUCUUCCCCGCGGCGGUGGUCCCAAGGGUGACCAGCCUGUGUUUGUCCCCGCAAACACUAUUUUGGCUUACUCCCCAUACUCAAUGCAGCGUUCCGCUGAUUUCUGGGGCCCUGAUGCCGAUGAGUUCAACCCUGAUCGUUGGGACACUCCUCGCGGUCACGGCUGGGAGUACCUUCCCUUCAACGGUGGUCCCCGUAUCUGCCUUGGUCAACAGUUUGCACUCACUGAGAUGGCCGUUACUUGGGUCCGCAUCUGCCAGGCUUUCGAGAAGAUUGACAUGGAUACAUCAAAAGUGGGUGACUACAAGCAUCCCAAAUUGCAUCAGCGCUUGACUAUUUCUGUUUCAGGUGGUGUUCCUUGCAAGCUUGUUCCUGCUUCUCGUUAA